AAAAAAAACCUUAAACGCUGUUGUUGUUCAAAAAAAAAAAGCUUCGUCCUUUCCUCUUCUUCAAACGAUUGUCGUUCAAUUGACACAGAACUCCAUCUCUGUGCAAUCAAUCCUUCUGAAAUUUCAUUUAUUUUAAGCGAUUAAAGAGAGAGUCUCUUUCUCUUCCGAUCAAAACAAGUAAACAAAAAAUCUAAUCUUAGCGUUCACUGUUUGAGUUCUUCCUCUCUUCUCUAUGGUUCUUCUUCUUCUACAAGCUUCAUCCACUAAACAUGAGUCGUCAUCCCGAAGUGAAGUGGGCAGAGACCACUGAUAAGAUUUUCCUCACCAUAAUGUGUUGGCUGAUUCCAAGGAGACUAAAUUUAAUCUUCUCCCUGAAGGUGUCUUCGAUUUCUCUGCAAAAGCUGGUCCUGAAAACCACGUUUACGAGCUUAAACUCGAGCUUCACAAUAAAGUCAAUGUUGAGGAAAGAAAAGUCAACAGUGGAGUGAGAAGCAUAUUCUGAAUAAUUGAUAAAGCAGAGCCGGAAAGGUGGGACAAGCUAAUCCGUCGAAAGGGCCACACUAUGUCAAGAUUGAUUGGGAGGUGUCGGAGAUAUAUAUAUGGGCGGAAUGGGUGGAAUGGAUUAAGCUUUAAAGUCUUCUUAAAUGGUCUUGGUCCACCUCUCCUCUUUCUUCUUCUAUAUUAAGCGCUCCGUCUGAUCGUCAAUCAACCAUAAUCGAAAACCUCCACUGAAGAACAGAAGAAGCUACAGCUACGACAAUGGCUUGGAUUCUUGAUGAGUACUCUAAUUUCCAUGGUUACUCUCCUGCAGUUGUCACUGGAAAACCCAUUGAUCUUGGUGGAUCACUCGGGAGAGACGCAGCUACUGGAAGAGGAGUGAUGUUUGGAACCGAAGCUUUGCUUAACGAGCACGGCAAGAGCAUCUCAGGGCAACGUUUUGUCAUCCAGGGGUUUGGGAAUGUAGGGUCAUGGGCGGCGAAGCUGAUAAGUGAGCAAGGUGGGAAGAUAGUUGCGGUGAGUGGCAUUACCGGAGCUUUUCUUAACGAGCACGGCAAGAACAAGGAUGGUAUUGAUACCGAGAGCUUGCUUAACUAUACCAAAGAACAUAGAGGUGUUAAAGGGUUCGAUGGUGCGCAUCCCAUCGAUGCAAACUCGAUACUGGUCAAGGAUUGUGAUAUAUUUGUUCUAUGCUUUUUUGAGUUAAGAAAAACAAGGGAUUGAUUGUUUAUUUGAUUGUGACAAAAAAAAUUGUUGAUUUGGUACGAGAAAAGUUUUAAUGCUC